GCGCUCCUCACUAUGUUAUCGAAUGCUAAAGAUGGCGGAUUUCCUGCCGUCCCGCUCCCUCCUGGCCGCUUGUUUUCCGAGUUGUGUCCUCACCCAGCGAGAGGUCGAGCAGCUCCGCAAGAGUAAGCAGAUCGACGAGCUCAUCUCGCGGGAUAAGACCUACGUGCGGCGGCUGGUGAAGAUCCUACUACUCGGGGCCGGCGAGAGCGGUAAAAGCACUUUCCUCAAGCAGAUGCGAAUUAUUCAUGGCCAGGACUUCGACCAGAAGGCCAAAGAGGAGUUCAGGGGGACCAUCUACAGCAACAUCUUGAAGGGAAUCCGAGUCCUGGUGGAUGCUCGGGAAAAGCUCCGCAUCCCUUGGGGAGACCCCGGCAACCAGCAGAACGGCGACGUCCUGAUGAGUUUCGACACCAGGGCGUUGACCGGGGCAGCCGCAGGCCUCAUGGAGACGCGGGUUUUUCUCAAUUACUUGCCGGCCAUCAGAUCGUUAUGGGCGGAUAGUGGUAUCCAGAACGCGUACGAUAGACGCAGGGAGUUCCAGCUGGGAGAAUCUGUGAAAUAUUUCCUGGACAACUUGGAAAGAUUAGGAGAUCCAGAAUAUCUUCCAACACAACAGGACAUUCUACUAGCACGAAGACCGACAAAGGGAAUACAUGAAUACGACUUUGAAAUUAAAAAUGUGCCCUUCAAGAUGGUAGAUGUGGGAGGACAAAGGUCAGAACGAAGGCGCUGGUUUGAAUGCUUUGAUGGGGUGACAUCCAUUCUGUUCCUGGUGUCUUCAAGUGAGUUUGACCAGGUGCUUAUGGAGGACCGGCAGACAAAUCGCCUGAGUGAGUCCUUAAACAUCUUCGAAACAAUAGUAAACAACAGGGUCUUUAGCAACGUCUCCAUAAUUCUUUUCCUUAACAAGACGGACUUGUUGGAGGAGAAGGUCAAAACUGUUAGCAUCAAGGACUACUUCCCUCAAUAUGAGGGAAACCCCCAUGAGCUCUCUGAUGUCCAACAGUUUUUGGUGCAGUGCUUUCGUGACAAACGUCGAGACCAGCAGCACAAACCACUCUACCAUCACUUCACCACCGCCAUUAAUACGGAAAACAUUCGUCUUGUCUUCCGUGAUGUCAAGGACACUAUCCUCCACGAUAACCUUAAGCAGCUGAUGCUCCAGUGACAUCAGUUACUUUGUCACUUUUAGUAUCUGGCACUGACAGCAGCUUACACCAGAGUGAAUUAAGGUUACAGUUCCUUCAAAAACUUAAGGCAGCUGCUGUAAACUGCUCAACUGAAAAAUGCCAAAUUUAUUUUUCAGACUUGACCUUUCAAUUCCUUUGUUCCAGUUGAGUUUUCCUGAGGGUAUUCUAAUCAAGUGUAUUCUUAGGCAACCUGACAAGGUUUACGAUUUUGUUUCUUCAAAAAUGAAGAUACAUGAAGCAUUGCCAGAUAGUACAAAGCUGUGGUGUUGAAUGUUGAAAUUGUCUUGUUAAUAUCUGCUCUCUCCCUCUUUCUCCCGGACCCCCAAACAAAAAGGGCUGUUACAAAGCAAAAGUAAUUAUUUAUUCCAAAAAGAAAUGUUUUUGUUACAGACAUGGAUUAAUGACAUUUUGUUCAUGAGUCCAUUUGGGAAUGAAAUAUGUUGUCACUUCCAAAUGGUUUUCAUGACUUUUCAAAAAUGUUUAAAAUUUUGCUAUUUGGUCUACUAUUGAUAGGUGACUUAGUCAAAGUGUGGUACAUAUGUAACCUAUUGAAAUGUGAAGCUAUCACAGUUUGCCCAAGUUGGGUUGUUAAUAUUGGAUUUAGUAUGUGAAACCACCCCCAAAUGGAGGUUUUACAAAACUUGUUUGGUAUUUAUGUAACAUUUGCAAUGUUUACAUAAUAUUUUAUCAAAAUUGUACGGAAAUACCACAUUUUACAGAAUGGCUUCAAUUGUUCGGAGUCUGGGCCUAGUGUAAAAGACUCUUGAAUGAAUGGCACAGGUACAAUACCUUAUCACCUGACAGAUCCUAACCUAUAGUAGUAAACCAAUAUUCUGAAAUAUUAUAUAGUAUGACUGUAAAGUUACUAAAUAUUAUUUGUAUUCAUUGGCCACUUAAUGAAAGGUAUUGGCUUCAGCUAGAUGUCAGCAAAGCAUGAUUUACAAAGCUUGGUGUAGCUUGUGGAUCACACCUCCGUACGAGCACCCUUAAAAUAAUAUUGAGGAAUGAGGGCUAUUUUAAAAAUGAACCUGGGAGCUCUUUUUUAUAAUACAGUUUAUAGCUGAAGAAUUUUUCUUGGUAUUGAAGCAUUUGAUAGUACUCUAUGGCUGAAAUAAUCCUGCUGUUUGUUUUAAAAUAUUAAUGAUGUGAUCCCUGAAUUUGUAAUGCAAUCUAUGAAUUUUUUUGAAAAUGAGAUAUAAAACAUUGGUUUUCACUUUAUAAAUCAACACUUGUAACGUCAAAAUACAUUCACUGGCAGUAUAGAUCAUGGAUUAACUUACUUUUUAAACAGUGAACUUCUAUAAUUUGUCCCAUUUGAAUUCAGGGUUUAGAAUUCACUAAUUUAUCUGCAAACCUCUCUUCUGUUGGUUGGUAAUUUCUAACAGAAGCCUUAUUAAAUUUAUCAUACAUUGCAAAGUGCAAAAGUUCUCUUUUUUGGAAUACUUUUUACAAGUUAGUAUUAAUAAUUGCCAUAUUUGUGUAGCAAUGAAUUACUAAAAGACCUGAAUUUUAUAAAUUUACAAAUUGUGUUAAAAUGUUCUUUAUGCUAUCUUUAAUAUUGGUAUCUUUACAGACUUUACAAUACAUAAUAUUUGAUUCAUGUCACUGUGGCAGGUACAGAUCUAUGCAGUCAGUUCUACCUAGAUUGUGUCUUUGUUAAAAUAGCCAUAACUGAGUUGAAACGGAAAUUAAAAUAUGAAGCUAAAACAGGAAAUUCAAGGAACUCCACGCAUCUGCAGUCAACAUUUUAAAUUGAUAGCCUUUCUGAUGAAAAGUCAUCAACCCAAAAUAUUUAACGACUCAUCUCACCACAGUAACUGCUCUGUAUUUCCAGAAUGUUUUUUAUUUUUAAUUCCGAACUCCAACAUGGGCAGUAGGUUUGCUUUUGUAUCAGAAUUUGGAGCUAGUGGGCAUCAGAGCUUAAAUUAACUUCCUUAAAUGCUCCAUUUUUUAGUGGGGCAGGGUGGUGGGAAGAAAUCAUUUUGGAAUUACGUUGUCUUAACAAAAAGUUAAUUCACAAACUAAAGACAGUUCAUUCUUGGUCUUGUUGAACUUUGCAACUGUUUCCAUGCCUUGAUCAAGUUAGAGGUAACUCAAUAUUUACAUAAUUUUAUUUUGUUCAUUAAAAAUGCAAUAUAUUCUAAUUAGUGCCCCAAAAGACUGUCUACAGUGAAGAGAAUAGUUUUAGAACGAUGAUCUUAGAGAAAAUCUUUGUACUUCCUAUUUUGAAGUAUUUUGUUGUGGCACGGUCUGUAGCCCUUAAUACAAUGUACUGUGAAGUCUUAGGCGUUUGAAACUAGAGUAACUGUACUGUACAGUCUAAGAGGUUAUCAAACUGCAUUUUAUGAUAUCAUGCUAUAAUUUAUUGUGCCUACUGUGCAGCAAUUUCAGAUUAUUUUUAGUCAAACUGUUUGGUUGACAUCCGUCAGAUUGGACUUCAACCUGGCUGACAAGAUUACAAGAGCCUUAAUUAUCCACUAAUUAUUACAGAUAUGUAGAAGGAGACAGUAAUGUUUCAUCUGUCUCUGAUCUUGAGACAUUACAAAAUAACCACACAUAACCCUUAAGUUGAACAGAUAACAAGUAUUAAAAUAAUGAAUUUGCUGUAGCUUUUUUGAAGAAUCUAGUGUUACACAUGAUCUGUCAUAAUCUACUUUCCUUAUUAUUUCGCCUUUUGAAGGCUUUUAUUGGAUCAUUUUCUCUGAUUUACUCGCAGUGACCACUUUUUGUUUGUGUACCUGGAACAAAAUACACAGUGCAGUGCCAUUACACCUGAGCUGGAUACUCUUCUCACGUCCUUGCAUACGCUUACACCAGUGUUCCAAGUUUAUGUUGGGGUACUGAAGGGUUGGGAUCCAACCCAGCUGUAUUUAUCAUUGUGUUUCCCUACUUUCUGUAGGGUACCACGUUCAGUUGUUGCAUCUUUCGUUAAGAUUGCCUGCUCAGAACUGCUAACUCUACAGAAAAACAACUUCUCGUGCUGGUACUGUCCAUUAUUGAGGCCAGCAAUAAUAAAUUAAGUGCUAAAAUAUUUGCUGUCCUCAGUAAGCAAGUAUCAUUUUGUUCAUUCUGAGAGACAUUGUAUAGCAAGGUACUUAAUGUUUAUUUUAAACUUUUUUCUGAUUUUUUUACUGAUUCAAGACAUUUGAAGAUGAGCUUGUCGUAAGUUUGUGAAAGUUUUAUCUCCUAAGGUCUAGUUUUGUAUCAUGUGCAGUUCAUCUCAUUGCAUUGCUGCAUCAUGCUGUUGUGCUAAACCAUGUGAGAACAGCAAAAGAUUCCUUCAACUCUGCACAAAUCAUUUGGGUGGCAGUUCAGUUUUAGACAAAAAAGCUCUGAGCUCCUUCAUUUUUGUAAUGUGAUCCAAAUUACAAAUAAGUUGUUCUGGUAAAGCCAAUAUCAAAGCAGAAACUGGUGCCAGUUAGUAAUUGCUUAAUAUAUUGAAUGGAAUCAAGACACUCAAACUUCUUCCCCCGCCUUUUCUCUCUGCAAACCUACAAGUGCUUCAACUAAUGACAUUUAAUUUAAUGCAGAAGUGGAAAAUCUUCCUGGUGGAAUUUUGAGUUUCACAUCCAACAUAUUCUGCUUGUUUGUUCAGGAAGCAGCCUGCCAGAAAUUGAAGAUUAAGGCUAGUCACUGCUUGCAUACCAAUUUGCAUCUUUUAUUGUCUAUUGUUUUUCGCACAAGUCCACCAUUUUCAUCAGUGAAACCACUGAAUUCAUUGCUGCAUCCUCACUUUGCAGAAUAGAUGUUUAGUUCCACAUUCUUAUGAAACUGUGUCGCAGUUGUUUGAAAGUUAAGAGUAUUUAGCUGUACAUUUAAACACUUCAUAGUCCCCUCUGGUCACAGCAAUCCUUUUGAGCCCUUUGGAUAUUUCAAACUUUUCUACAGGUUGCCUUUGAAUUGUUAUUACUACUUUCUUAUAUGACUUACAAGAUGACUUUAGUUUUAUUGGGUAACUUAAUGAUGGUCUCAAGUCACUUGGAAUGUAUCUUUUGGCAUAUGUUUGAUCAAAAAUGUUCUGUAAACACGUUUCUGUUUCUCCAAGGGCUUUUACGAGUUCUUUUAUUAAUUCACCUAAUGCAACUUUUCUGGUACUUAAAAAUUUCAAAAUAUUCUUUUCCUCCGAUGUCAUAAUGUUUGGUACUUAAUUUGUCUCUAUACCCUCUUAAAUUGCUUCAUCAUAAAUUCAUUUGUAUAUCCUGACCCCUCUUCUUGCUAUACAUCCCUCAAAUAAUAUUUUACCAUCUUUGCCUUUCAUGUACCUUGCCAUCACGCAUCUGGUGAGACCAUUACUCUGUAGUCUGCUGAUAUGCUUUUUUUCUCAGUUUCAUUAUACUCUGGUAUGUUUAUUUUGGAUGUGAGUUUGCUCGCUGAGCUGGAAGGUUAGUUUUCAGACGUUUUGUCACCAUUCUAGGUGACAUCAUCAG